AUGACUCUUGGUACGCUGGUUAUCAUGGGCAUGGCUACCUUGCUGGUGUAUUGUCUCAGAAAAAGCAAAAGAGUGGUAUUGUCCCAGCGGCAACCAGCACGACGAGAUCUGCUGCCACCGGGGCCUGCUACACUGCCCAUCAUUGGGAACAUGCACCAGAUGGUUUGGAACAAACCGGCAGUGUUCCGGUGGAUCCAUCGCCUUCUCAAGGAGAUGAACACAGACAUCUUGUGCCUCCAUCUCGGAGCUACUCAUGUCAUUGUUGUGACAUGCCCGGAGAUAGCCUGUGAGGUACUACGGAAGAAGGAUGAAGUUUUCGCCUCCCGUCCCACCACCUUCGCCUCGGGUACAUUCAGCUUCGGGUACAGGGGCUCCGUCUUGUCACCGCAAGGAGAGCAGUGGAAGAAGAUGAAGCGCGUCCUCACCUUGGAGAUCCUCACCUCGUCCAUGGAGCAGAAGCUCCACCACCUAUGGAAGGAGGAGUAUGACCACCUUGUAAGAUACUUUAGCUACCUACAAUCUUCGUCGACUAAUGGACCUGGAUAUGAGGAGGAGGCACAUGUUCCCGCUCUUUUCACGGCCCUCAACCAUGUGUACAGCUUCUGUGUGUCUGACUACAUCCCAGCCCUGGUAGGCCUCGACUUGGAUGGCCAUGAGGAGGUUUCCAUGGAUGUCAUGAGAACAAUUAACCAGUUGCAUGACCCUAUCAUACGGGAACGGAUCCAUGAAAGGUCAUCCACUCUUGAGAAAGGUGGUGAAGAUAAAGGGGCGAGAGACUUUCUGGAUGUCCUAGUUCAUCGUAAAGAUGCAGAGGGACAACCGUUGCUAUCCCUACAAGAAAUAAGAGCCCAAACAGCGGAAAUGGUGCUUGCAGCAGUCGACAACACAUCAACGGUUGAGUGGGCGCUCGCCGAGAUGAUGAACAGGCCGGAGAUCAUGCAAAAAGUGACAGAUGAACUCGACGCUAUUGUUGGUAAAGAUAGACUAGUCCAGGAGUCUGACAUUCCUCGGCUAAAUUAUCUCAAAUCGUGUAUCCGGGAGGCCUUCCGCAUACACCCAUACCAUGCUCUUAAUUUACCCCAUGUUGCAACGGUGGACACCACUAUCGCCGGCUACACCAUCCCAAAGGAUAGCCACAUCCUUUUAAGCCGGCUUGGACUUGGCCGAAACCCCAAGAUCUGGAGCGAACCACUUGAGUUUCGUCCUGAGAGGCAUUUGAAUACCGUGAAUGUUCUUCUCACUAAGCCAGGCCUACGUUUCAUUUCUUUUAGCAGUGGGAGAAGGGGUUGUCCUGGGAUUUCACUUGGUACCUCGAUCACAAUGAUGUUAUUUGCAAGGAUGCUGCAGGCCUUCACUUGGACAAAACCUGUAGGCGUUAAAAAUAUCAGUCUGCAGGAAGGCAAUGCAAGCAUUGCCCUACUUGAACCCCUUGUUUUGCAAGCUCAACCACGGUUGGCCUCUUAUCUAUAUAUAUGA